UCUCGAUGGAUACGACCUAGCGCGGCGAUUGGGGAGGUCGACGCGGCACGGCCAUAAAGCCGGGCUUAUCUUUUGCACAACAUAUUUUUGCCCCGAGUUGCCAUGGCUCUCGAGAUCGGUGCUGUUGGGCGACUAUUCAAGUUCAGACAGAAUCCCAUUCUUGUACUGGUUGUGUUCCCAUAAACACGCACGACCGACUGAAGGUGCGAUUCGACACGCCAUUUUCCCAUUUUCUCGGCCCCGACCACUCGUUGUCACCAUGGUCACUUCUCCAACGCCGCUCCAACAAGCUGUGGCUUGCCUGCCCAUGAAGCCACUCAAGCACACCAAGCGCACAGACCAAAUCAUGCGCCAAAUCCAGCACACGUACAGGAAACAGUUCCAGUUUUCCAACGGGAAAGCGUUCAUCACUCUCGCGCUCCACAUCGAAGGCAUCUUGAACAAGGAGUUCCCCAACGAUGCGAACGUUGUCCUGUCCUCGGCUGCCCUCGCCCGGCGACUACACCACGUCGUGACCAAAGUGCUUGCUGCCCCAUACGUAACUCCGCCGCCGUCGCCGCGACGAACGUUCACGAUUGCGUCGAUGCUCUCGUGAAGCCAAACACGUCCCUGUCUGUGUGUGCAUGAGUCGUAUUUAAUCCAACCAAAGUUGCAAAUCACUGAAACCACGUCUUGCG